AUGGGGUAUAAAAGAUUUUCACAGGGCCCGGAAGGCGGGCGGCUCCGGGAUGGGGCUCCAGGCCGGGAGCGGCGGGGGCGCGGGAGCCGGCUGACCGCCGCCCCUCGCCCGCAGUACAUCGCGGUGCACGUGGCCCCAGACCAGCUCGUGACCUUCGGGGGCUCCAGCGAGCCCUGCGCGCUCUGCAGCCUGCACAGCAUCGGCAAGAUCGGCGGCGCGCAGAACCGCUCCUACAGCAAGCUGCUGUGCGGCCUGCUGACCGAGCGCCUGCGCAUUAGCCCGGACAGGGUCUACAUCAACUUCUGCGACAUGAACGCGGCCAACGUGGGCUGGAACGGCUCCACCUUCGCCUGAGGGCCGCGCCACGGGUUCCCCCUGCCCGCCGCCCUGGCGCGCACGGGUUUCCCGCCCGCCGCGUCCCCCUCCCCCGACCCUACCUCCCUGGAAGGAGAAAUAA